AUGGAGCAAUUCAGACAAAUAGGGGAAGUUGUGGGAAGCUUGAACGCAUUAAUGGUGUUCCAAAACAACCUCUACAAUCAAAGGCAAUGCUCUCUUCUUGUAGACAUGCUCGCCUCCGGCUACAUGACGAUCGCAGAGAUGAUGAAAACCAACCUCAAAUACAAGGAGAAGAACGCCAAAUGGAAGAUCUUGGAGCAGCCUUUGAAGGAGCUUCUCAAAGUGUACAAGGAAUGCGAAUCCUACGUCAAGAUGUGCCUCGACACCAAGGAUUUCAUGGCCAAGUCCAUCACGUUGUAUCACAACUCUGACUGCGUUGAGUUCCACAUACACAACCUCCUCAGCUGCCUCCCUGCUGCAGUGGAGGCCAUCGAGAUGGCCGGACAUAUCGCAGGAAAAGAUCACGACGAUAUGCAGAGGAAGAAGACCGUCUACGCUUUUAAAUACCACAAGGGCUUGAAGGAUCCGAGGAUCUUUCAGUUGAUGUACGGACAACAAUAUUUGGUGUCUCAGGAUUACUGCAGCAGAAUGGAGUCAGCCUGGGAUGAGGACAGGCUUUUCAUUCUCAAGAAUGUCCGAGAACGUGGCUUGGCUUCGAAGGUUUCUGACGUCCUUCUCAGCAACACAAUGUUGCCUAGCACCAUCUUGGUGAACUCCAAGGACUACAAGAUUAGGAGGAGACUAGGGACCGGGAAGCAGUUCAAGGAGAUCCAGUGGCUAGGCGAGAGCUUCGCUCUGCGCCACUUCCACGCGGAGGAUGUUGAGGAGCUUCAGAAAGAGUUCGCCGUGGAUAUAAGCCUCUCCCAUCCCAACAUAAUGCACACUCUGUGUGGCUUCUGUGAUGAGGACAAGGAGUUUUUCUUGGUUAUGGAAUUGAUGCAUAAGGACCUCUCCACUUAUGUCAAGGAGCUUUGUGGGCCCAAGAAGAAAGUCCCGUUUUCCAUCCCUGUGGCCGUUGACCUGAUGCUGCAGAUAGCCAGAGGGAUGGAGUAUCUCUACUCGAGGAGGAUCCCUCAUGGAGAGCUCAGCCCCUCCAGCAUCUUGAUCAGGCCAAGGCCUAAUGGGGCGGGGGAGGGAUUCGUCCACGCCAAGAUCACGGGUUUUGGCCUGGAUGCCACCAUUCGGAGGCUUACUCAGAGCACGCCUGCAGAUUCAGGGGAGCUGCCGUAUAUAUGGUAUGCACCCGAGGUUUUAGGUCAGGAGACGCAAGGGAAUGUUGAGAAAUGUGACGUGUACAGUUUUGGAAUGGUGUGUUUUGAGAUCUUGACGGGGAAGGUGCCUUUCGAAGAUGCUCAUCUUCAAGGGGACAAGAUGAGCAGGAACAUUAGGGCCGGGGAGAGGCCGUUGUUCCCGUUUCAUACGCCUAAGUUCUUGGCUAACCUGAUCAAGAAAUGCUGGCACACUGAUCCGGCUCAGAGGCCUAGCUUCUCUUCCAUAUGUAGGAUCAUACGUUAUACCAAGCGUUUCUUGGCUAUGAACCCUGACUACGGUCAGCAGGAAGGGGCACCGCUGCCUCCGUUGGACUUCAGUGAUGUGGAUGCCGCCUUCAUGGAGAGAUGUGCAGCUUCCGAUAAGAUGCAUGUGGUGUCACAGAUACCAUACCAGAUGUUUGCUUAUAGGGUUGUGGAGAGGGAGAGGGCCAGUGCAAGUCAGAGGGAGACCUCUGAGUCGGGUAGUGAUGGGGGUGAGGAGGCGCCCGCCUUGACAGUGGACGAUUCAUGGGCGAUGUUGAAGGAGAGGAGGAUGAGAUCACUGCCGUCCAUUGAGACCGUGGCUAACAAGCUCCCACCAACAAGCAAGUCUUUGGAUCUCAAGUCAAAGCCAGGGACGCCGAGAGGGAGGGUGUUGAGGCCGCCGCACACCCCCGUUGGGCGGCCGGCGAGGAUAAAUUCUGAAAGCAAGCUGGUUGUGGCGAGCCCAAGAUCUAGACGGCGGCCAGGUGCUUCUUCAGAUUCUGAGUUGAAUCAGGACAACAGGAUCAUCGGAAGCCAGUUUCGACGCCAUUUUACACAGGUUUAG